CCCUCACACUCGCCCACCAUGCCUCAAGAAGUCACCGACAUCAAGAAAUUCCUCGAGAUCUGCAGGCGCAAGGAUGCUUCCUCUGCCCGGAUAAAGAAGAGCAGCAAAUCCAACCAGAUCAAGUUCAAGGUCCGCUGCCACCGCCACUUGUACACACUCGUCCUCAAGGACAACGAGAAGUCGGAGAAGCUCAAGCAGAGUCUGCCACCUACCUUACAAAUCACCGACAUCCAGAAGAAGAACCCUAAGGGCAAACGCGCAUGAGGGAUGAGUCGGCAAGGCGGUGAAAAGAAAUGGGUGCAUCCAAGAUCCUUGGGUGGGAGUUUGUGGCUUUCCAUAUACUGCGUGCAUGGUAUUAACGGAUCCGGCAUCGAGUGUGUCACGAUGCACGCCGAUGCGGCUUUGUAGGAAUUGCAAUUGAAGCCGAUUCUUGCAUGCAUGGACAUACUGUAUUGUGAUUGUGAAGCCUGUGAUAAAAUACUAAAUUGAGUUAUUGUUUAAAGGGUCUAGGAAUGAAGAGAAAGUACAAUGGGU